AAUAUUUUGAUCAAAGUCUGGCCACUUUUGUAAGUGUUUUAAUAAAAGAAGAUAAAUUGUUUGAACUUAAAAAGCAAGAUAGAGACGAAGAUAAGCGAAGGGAAGCUCAAAGUUUAAUGUAUGUAGUUAACUAACGAUCUUUUUGUAUAAUAUAGUAGUGGGAGUAAAUUAAUCUAAAAAUCAGUUUGCUUUCAAAGAUACUUUAUAAUAUGUUCCUUUGAUUCAUCGUGAGGGGACAGAAGAACUGUUCUGUCCAUUUAUAAGUGCUAGUCUUGAUCGUGACGGUAUCAGUAUAUUCAAAUCCUUGAAUACUUUACUUCAUUUACUCUAUUGAAGAUGGUACAAAUUGUUGGAAAGUACGAGCAUGAAUCGAGCAAGGGUUUGGAAGAAUACCUUAAAACUGUUGGUGGAGCUGAAAAUCUAGAAGCUUCAAAAUUUUUUAGUCAAGGAAAACCAACGUUUGAAAUCAGUCAUAGUGGUGAUCAUUGGAUUAUUACUGUUUCAAAUGAAGGUAAAAGUUCGACUACUAAAUUUAUCUUAGGAACUCCAUAUGAUGAAACUAUGCCUCAUGGUUUGGUUCUUAAAAGUAUAACCACCCGGGAAGGAGAUAAAUUUAUAACCGUAUCCGAUCUUCCUGAUGGUAAUAAGUCAAUUCGCGUUUAUCAAUUUACUGAUGCUGGUAUCUCUGUUCAUUUAUCGGAGAACAAACAUGGAGUUAAAGCUGAGCGUGUCUAUAAAAGAGUUUAAAUGUGUAUUAUCUACCAAUAUAACGUGAUAUUAUGACAAUAUAAUUUGCAUCAAAAUAAAAAUUAAAAGAAAAAUCAUUAUUUAAAAAA